CUUUUUCAUCUCAAGAGAGAGAGAGAGAGAAAAAACUAACAAAAAAGGUCUCUUCCGCCAUCGCCUCCUUGCCAAUGGCGGGUUUCACCGGCGACGACCCCUUCGGCUUCGACUACGACUUCGGGGACGACGGCGACAACGGCCCGUUCUGCUACGACCCAUUCGAAGACUACGGUGUCGGUGGGGACGAAGGCGAGGGGCUAAUCGGCGGCCCCUUCGCGCUCGACUACGGAGACGGCGGGGAGUACUGCAUCUCAGGUUUCGCCUUACGCGACGGCGAUGAAGACGACGGAGGCCACGUCCUCGUGGGAGAGGAACAGGGGCAGGCGCGCCUGUCCUCCCACGACGAACCCAUUCUCGAAACCCUAGGCCGCUCAUUCGACUCCGACGGAGGCCUCAGCCAAUUCUACCCCCACCUUGUUUCCGCAUUGGAACUCGUCGAGGAUACCUCCGAGGAGGAGGAGGAGGAGGCGAUGAUCUCCGGAAAUGCCCGGGGCGGUGGAGGGUCUGAAUUCGAGCGGGGGGCGGUCGUUGAGGAGCCUGCCGACGACGACGACGGUGGGAUCGGGCUCGUGCUUGGCCGCCUGGGCGGGUUGACCCUCGAUCCGCGGCCGGUCGUUGGUGGCUUCGAGGGCCUGGUGGACGCCGUUGAGGAGGCCACCAGCGAGGACGACAUGGGCGAGGUGGGUCAUGUGGGUGGGCUCAUGCUCAGCGGGUUCGACCUCGUCGCGCCACAGGCCGUCACGCGGCCCUUCCGGAUGGUGGUGGGUGGCGAGGACACCGACUCUGACGACGCCGACUGGAACCUCGUCGAUGUGCUCGCGGGGCGCGUCGGGGAGGCUGCACGGCGGCUGCCGGCAUCCCGUGCGGUGGUGGACGGCUUACCGGAGGUUGCGCUCAGCGAUGAGGAGGCCUCGCACGGCUGCGCUGUGUGCAAGGAUGGCAUUGCUGCGGGGCAGAGUGUCCUCAGGCUCCCCUGCAGGCACUACUUCCAUGGAGAGUGCAUCCGCCCGUGGCUUGCCAUCAGGAACACUUGCCCUGUGUGCCGAUUUGAGCUCCCAACGGGUGAUGCUGAUCAUGAUUGGCGACGGAGCAGGACUGGUGUGGUGUCUGUGGCGCAACAGAGCGCACCAGCGCAGAGUGGAGGCCCAGGCGCUGGCAGUGGAUCCACAGUAGGUGCAGGAGAUGAUGCAACUGAAUGCUCGGGAGAAAAUCGACCUGAGCAAGGCACAUCUUGAUGAGGCGGCAGACUGACUGAUGCCGGCAAACAGGAUUGCAAACUAACCAACUGAAGGCGACUUCCUGUCAGCGGCACUAAGAAGAUAACGUGCCAGUGUUUAACAUCUGGCCACUGAUCAUUAACUUGUUUUUAUGGCAGUGUUGUGAAUUUGUUCAACCUCUGUAGCUUUGAUCUACUCAGUUUCUAGUCCAAAUUCAGUAGCCUUUUCACCUUCUCUUAAUUUAUGUUUGGAAUGCUGUGCUCUAAUGGGAUGGGAUGGGAUCCCCCGGUGAUGCCAGUGCCCAGUAGGCUCUGCAGAACUGAGUGAGAGAUCUCUCAUAAGGGAGUAGGAGCCUCCCAUCAUCUCAGACUCUUCAUGGCAUCCAAUGAACUGAUAAAUUUCUGGAGUUUCAAUUGUAUAAACUCAGCCCAUUCAGGUUUUGCAUGCUUUUUUUUCCACA